AUGGCAAAUUCUGAAGGGAAAUUUUCAUGCUCGUCUCUUUCCAAAAUGGAUAAAGAGAAUAACAGAUUUAGCCAUGUAGAUGACUUUGAUGAUAGUACCUGGGAUCCGUUAGAAGGUCAGAGUCCAAAAUCCUUGAAUAAAAAAGUUUCCUAUCCAUUUCCUGUUGAUUCUGAAGAUUUUGUGGAUAGAGGGUAUGAUUCAGGCGAUGAUAACCACAACUUUCAGCAACAAGAUGGCCUUUCCGAGGUCAACUUGAGAAAUUUAUUGAGUGGGGCAUUUGCUAUUUUGUGUGGGCGUAACAAAAAUCAUUCUGUUGUAAGCAACUUCCCCCAGUUACCCUCUUCCAAAACUUCAUUUCUUGGAUCUUCUAAGAAUGGCGAGACAUUCUUGAAUGCUUCAGUAUACAUACCGAGUGCGCCUCCUCUUCUUGAGCCAAAUGCUUUCAAUCACACUGCUUACAAGGAGGUGUUGGAAGCUGAACCCCCUGAGUGGCUUCCAGACAGUUCCACUACA